CGUUUUGUUUUGAUGAAGAAAUGAAAGCGAAAGAAGAAUUUUAUAUCAUCAAGAAAUUUAUUUAGAGUCAAAUUAAUGACAGGUCCAGGUACCAAAAAUACCUUCCUUGAUGUAAGCCUAGAAGAAAAUCAGUUGAAUGUGAUUGUUUGUCAACCAGCUUUACAUAGCCAGGAAACUGCGUGUGGCGGUGAGAACACCAAGAUUUCUGAAAAGUACAUAGUGUUUUGAAAAAUAAAGGAGAAAUGAAGAAAUCAUCCAGUAGUUCUGCCUCAGAAUCCUAUAAAGUUUUGUAUGGGACUUGUCCUGAUGAACAAUGCCGUGCAAAACUCUAUUUUCCAUCUUAUGAUAAAAGCAUCGAGUGCACCAACUGUGGACAGCGCCAUGAAAAGUCUGCCAUCAGAAACAUCGCAGAGGUGACAAACACAAAUGUUGCACUUCAUAACAUUCUGAAAAAUAUUCUUCUGGGAAAUGUGAAACCCAAGAAAGGUGCUGACAAUGUGAAGGUGUUGGGUCUUUCUAAUUAUGUGUGUAAAAUCGUGUCGCCAAUUUUAACAAGAUAUGGUAUGGAUAAGAACACAGGAACAGCCAAAUUGCUAACAGAUCUUGGCCAACCAGCAAUUCUGGACUGUGGAAAGAUCUUGGGGGAUAGGGCUUUUCUGAUUGAAGAGGAGAACCUGGACAUUAUUGGUUACGGAAGGGACAAGACAGGCAGUGCUCAUUAUCUCGCAGAGACUUUGAAUGUCAUUAAAGAGGUCAACAACCAAGAAAACAGACUGGUUCCCAUUCAUGCGGAUGGAGACGGACAUUGUCUUGUACAUGCUGUAUCAAGGGCUUUGGUUGGACGAGAAUUAUUUUGGCAUGCUCUGCGUGUAAACCUCAUGCACCAUUUGCAGAAAAACCUUACAACGUAUAAGGACCUUUUUCGUGACUUUAUUGAUGUGGAUGAAUGGGAUGCCAUCAUUGAGGAAUGUGACCCGGAUUUUGUGCCACAGGAUGGGGAACCCCUUGGUUUGCGAAAUAUUCAUGUGUUUGGACUGGCAAAUGUUCUAAGAAGACCCAUUAUUUUGAUGGAUUCAAUCAGCGGAAUUCAGAGCUCAGGAGAUUAUUCUGGUGUGUUUCUACCUGGCCUGCAGUCUCCUGAUGAGUGUAGGAGUAAGGACGGUCUUCUAAACAAACCGCUGUGUAUAGCCUGGAGCAGCUUGGGGAGAAACCAUUAUAUUCCACUUGUUGGGAUAAAAGGAAAACAGCAGCCUCUGUUACCACGCUACAUGAUUCAGAGAGCCUGGGGUCUUCCUUCAAUCCAAAUAGAUAAGUACAUAGACUUCAAUAAGGACAGCUGUUGUGUCAUCGGAGGAAACAAGUGUCUGUCAGAUAAAUACAUCAGAACUUUAGUAUCUGCCAUGGAAAAUGUUUAUAUGGAUAAGUACGGAGUUCACCCCCAGCUUGUGGCUGACACUCAUCAGUACCUGUAUAGAACACUGGGCAUGGUGGGGGUACGCAUUGAGGAAGUUCUGAAGACGACCAGGGAAGCCGUACAGAAAAAGACAUUGUACCGGUGCCUGACGUGUGAAGCUAUUAUGGAAUAUCAGCUACAUGAUGAAUGGUUUAGGAGAGGGGGCAAUCUGUACAAACUGGCAGAGCAAACGUAUGGGAAACUAAGAUCGGACAAGAAAUAUUCCUUUCCACAGCAAGGGGUCAUUUGCAGUUAUGAUAAAGAUCAGGACAAACUCAUACCAGACCUAAAUCGGUGUAAACCAAGCGCCUGCACUUAUUGUCAAGGUGAGAAUGUUCGUCUGGUGAGGGGGGAUGGUAGUAUCUGUUUUGAGAAUGGCGACCAAACUAAAAUCCCUGCUGUGGACAGUCGCUGUAUGUGUGGAUUCAAACAUUAUUGGGAUGGCAAGGAAUAUGACAACCUUCCGGAAAUUUUCCCCAUUUCCAUGGAGUGGAACGGAGAGGUGGUGACAGAAAAAGUAGUGUGGUUCCAGUACGAAUCGGACGUGACUCUCAACAGCAAUGUGUUCGAAGUGGCUCAGAAGUUAGUUCAGAAACACUUCCCAGGAGAGUUUGGUAGUGAACGACUUGUACAGAGAGUGGUAGAUACCGUGCUGCGACACACUGCCCCAAAAGUGAAAGACGGAGCAAGUUCAUCAGUUGUUUCCCCUUACCAAGACACCAACUGGUCAUCCGAGGAAUCGUCCAAAAUCAUACUGACUGGAAAUACGCAAAAAACUCUCCACAAAGAGGAGCUUACUGUGAGUCAGAAAGAGAAACUGGUUAAAAAGCAAAUAGAAACUCAAGCUGCAAAACAACAGCAGAAGAAAACCAAGGAAAUAGCUGCUGCAGCGAGCAAGUCUAACCCUACUACGCCCAAGCCAGAGAAUGUACAGAGGAAAGAGUCGUCUCCAGUUCCUAUGGAAACAAACAGGUCUUCUAGUCAAAAGAAAAUCAGGGUGGCCACAUCUGAUGGGAGACAGGUUAUGUUGACUGUCGAAGGACAGGUGAACUACGUAGCUCUCCAGAACAUGAUUUAUAGAGCCGUGAAAAUUCCUCCAGAGAGACAGAAAAUCCGCAUCGGAUUUCCUCCCAAGGAGCUAAAACGACCAUCAGAUGCUGACAUUAAUGAACCUAUCCCUCUCGCACAUGGAGACAAAAUUUCCCUGGAAAUUAUUCCGUUGACACAUUCUGUGUCGGAGUCGGGGGCGGAGAGCUCUCAUCAUGAACAUGAUGCUCUGAAACAUUCCUCCUCUCUCCCUGCCAAACCCAAACAGAACUGGAGCAACUUUGAGGAAGACAUACAUACCACAUCAUUUGAGCCGUUGCUUCACAGUUACCAUGAACAAGCUGGUAGUAAUAGUCUUGAUGCUGCAGUUGCCUCCCUUACAAUUAUGGCAACCCUGAAAGGUCGCGACCUUUGGACCCAUGUGCAGACCAUGCCUCAUUUAUUUUCUGUGGGCGGACUGUUCUACAAACAAGUUGAGCGUGACUUGGGGCUGGUAGAUGGCAAACACUGCACUUUACCCACACUCCCAGGAAAGGUGUUCAGAUACAAUCAAGCAGAAAGUAGACUGGAACUUUGUAUGGAACCAUAUGGCCAUUUUCAAGUUGAACCUGAUGUUGAAAAUAAAGCAAAGGAAACUAGGCCAAUUUUUGGCUCUCAGAGAGAAAUGUCUUUCAGUGCAUUUAGUGGUGCUGUAGGACAAGACAAGAACAAGCAGACGGCAUUUACAGGUCAGGGUCAUUCAUUGAAAUCAAUGCCUGAUAUCGAGAGAAUGCCGGAAGACAUCCCAGAAAACUUACACCAACAUGUCCGUCACUCACACACUCUUUGUAAUCCAAACGUUCACCAAGAAUCCAUCGCUGAGGAACCGGAGGAUCCGAUUGGAGGAAAUCAAGAGGGAAGUAUGAGUGAAGAAAGAAGUGGUGGGCAGGAUUAUCAAAGAAUAGGGCCAGGAUAUAGUAUUAUCAAUCCAUCGGAUGUGAACCUGACUAAUCAGUCUAUUCAAGAGUUUAAAGAUCUUGCCGAGAGUAUCGAAAAAACAAUGAAUGAGGACAUAUCGAAAAUUGAUGAAGAGAUGGAAAAACUAGAUGAAGAGGAAAGAAAAAGCAGAACAUCUAGUGUCAGCUCCACGCAGAACAUCCAGGAAAACACAGCUGAUGGACAGGACGGUGUACCUAGUGCUGAUAAAGACAGCGCACAAGCUAUGACAUCAGACGAAACCAUGGAGAUCGCAGGAAGCGAGGAAGGGAGACAACCCAUAACAACGGCAGCAGACGGCGAAUCGCCUGAAUUGUGUCAGAUGGAUGAAUCGCUCCAAUAAUGAUUGUAAAAUGAUUGGUGGACAAAACAAAAUGCACUAGUCUUUGGAUGAUACUUUGGAAAUAUGUCGGAUGCUUUCAACAAAACAUGACCAGAGAGGCUUAGUAUUUUAAACUUUAAACAUUAAUUUCUGAACAGGGAGGGAUCAGGAAAUGGGAUUCUUCUAGGAACAAAUAAAUGUGGAGAUGUACAUUAUGUAAUAUUUUCUUUGAACUUACUGUUUUGCUUUGUAAAGCAGUUAAAGAAUUUUAAACAAUUAACAGUCCUGUAUUAACUAGUGUGUGCCAAGCAUGGAGAAAGAUGAUUUUGCCAAAUCUUAUGUCUUACGGAAGCAUAAAAUGUCAAAACCAGUGAUUCUACAAAAGAAAGUGAAGGAGAUUUGAUGAGACAUUAAAUGAUUUGAUGAGACACGGUAUAUUACAUGACUGGUGUACUUCACUAUGACAAUAGUUGUAGCAGUACUUCUGUAGCAGAGUGAUCAUGACUUACUAAACAUCAGCUCUUUAUUUAGAGUACAUACUAAGCAGGCCUGAUGUUAAUUUUGCGUACAGCACGUACCGUAGUUUGCCAUAUGAAUAAGUUGUCUUUCAACGGACUUAUAAGCAAUGUAUCCAGGUAUUCAGCAAGCCAUUUUUCUUAUUGUGGAAUUUGAAUUUGAAAGCUAAAUGUAAAUAUGUGUUGAUAAUUUAAUAGUCUUCACCUGUGAUCUUUAUUGUACAUUAGAUAUAAUAGUAUGUCUGUUUUCAUUUAGUAAUUUAAAAUAUGACAUUUUUGAUAUUUUGAUUUGUCCUGCAUAAUAUAUCAGUGAAACUGAAAUGAACAAUGUAUUAAAGCAGUUUUUGUCUAUUAAAAGAUGUAAUAAAUUGGUCAACAUGGCAA